AUGGUCAAUUCAACAGAGGCCGACCACUCACGGCCGACAAGCCAUGAUGAUGCUCAAUCGACGCGGCACAUCGAGCCGCUCGACGUUGAGGACGAUGCUCAAGACUUCGAAUUGACAGGACUCAGCUUGAUCACGGUCGUGUCUGGCUUGGUGCUUGCCAUAUUUCUAGUGUCCUUGGAUUCUGCAAUUGUCGCGACAGCGGUUCCAUACGUGACAGCAGAUUUCAAGUCUGCUGGCGACACGGCUUGGUACGGCAGCGCAUACACUCUUGCUACCUGUGCUCUCCAACCAAUUGCUGGCAAGCUGUAUGCAAAAUUUUCUAUCAAGACAAUGUUCCUUGUUUUCAUGGCUCUUUUCGAGACUGGAUCUUUAGUUUGCGCCACGGCUCCGAAUGCUAUCGGAUUGAUUGUUGGAAGGGCAAUCGCUGGAGCUGGCGCCGCUGGCUGCACGACUGGCGGAUUCUCAAUCGUCGCAGUGUCUGUCAAACUGCCCCGACGGACUACAUAUCUCAGCAUGCUGCAGUCGACCUUCGGAAUCGGUAUCAUGCUUGGACCACUUCUCGGCGGAGUCUUGACACAGCGUGUCACCUGGCGAUGGUGCUUCUACAUCAAUCUUCCCAUCGGUGCUGUCACAGUCCUCUUUCUGGUCUUAUUCUUCCAUCCGCCAAAGGCAAACCACAGCAACACUUCUGUACAGAAGAUGGCAAGCCUGGAUCUGGUCGGUCUUUUGCUGUUCGCACCAGCUACGAUUAUGAUGCUUCUUGCUCUUCAAUGGGGCGGAUUGCAGUAUGCUUGGAGUAGUGCUACCAUCAUCGGACUCUUCGUUGGCGCUGCAGCUCUCACAUCGGUCUUCGCUCUCUGGCAAGUCCGCAAAGGUGACGAUGCAAUGAUACCGCCAAAGUUGUUCACUCAACGUGUCGUCUUCUUUGCAUGUCUGACAGAAUUGUUCGCGAUGGGAGCGGUCUACAUUGCUAUUUACUACCUCCCGCAAUGGUUCCAGAUCGUCAAAGGUGUCUCUCCGAUCAGAUCUGGCGUUAUGUAUCUACCGUUGUCGAUGUCCGAUGUCGCUUCUGCCUUUAUGGUCGGUAUACUUCUACCUUAUGUUGGUCUCACCAACCCUUUCAUUCUGGCGGGUACAAUUUUACUGGCUGUUGGGUCUGGUCUGCUAUCCACGCUUGAUCCGUCAUCGAACAGUAAAUUCUGGAUACCCUACCAAAUCCUUCCUGGCAUGGGUGCUGGGAUUUCACUAUGGAUGCCAUAUGUUGCCAUCCAGACCGUGUUGAAAGCCGAAGACAUUCCUGUCGCCACCGCUCUACUCCAAUUCUUCCAGUCCUUUGGCGCAGCGCUGUUCUUGGCUCUAGCACAGGCUGUCUUCUCGAGCAUCUUUCACGCUUCUCUCGAAUCAACGGACAUUGUCGGUCUGGAUCUUUUUGCUAUCGUCCAUGCGGCUCCUGCGGACUUCCGACAACUGGUUCCGACGGGUGACCUUGCGCAGGUGUUGCAUGCAUAUAAUCAAGGGGUGACGAGUACAUUUUAUCUUGGAGCUGGAUUGGCUGCAGCAGCGUGCUUUGCGAGCUUCGGUAUACAGUGGAAGAGCUUCAAGCCCAAGAGUGAUUGA